UUCUGUCUUUGGCAAUUGGCAUAUCAUUAGUCGUCUUUUCCAAGACCCGUGUAUUCCAUUAAGAUUGUACAAGUGGAAAAUCCUUCACAAUUUGCCUCAUCCGGUUCAAGUGGAAUUGGUGGCUUGUGUGGAGUAUACGUCAGUAGUUUUAUUUUCGAUCAAUUGAUUAUAUAUACCAUUCCGUUGAUCUAAAGUUCUACUUUGCCUUAUUCAUGGCUGAUCAGCAAGCAAGUCCUGGCACAACAACGUCUGCCGAUUCUCUAUCCGCAGUGGCGGAACAUGCUGAUACAGUUCUAAAGAAUGGAGAAACUACACUCGGUGCCGAAGAGAGUGGUACAGGAAAAGCGGCCAAAUCCAAAAAGAAAAAGAAGAACAAGGCUGCUAAAUCGGAUGAAGGAGCAGGAGAUAAUGAAAGUGCCGUGUUUUCUACGGUCGGUGGAAAUGGAUCGGCCGAUGCUGCCUCAGUCGGAUUGGCAACUGCUUUAACUGGUACAGGUCAAAUGCCUAGCCAAGACGUGCUGAUGAAUGUGAUAGAGCAGCUCAAGUUGAGCUCGCUUAAUCCGUCUAAAACCGCUAAAACGCCAGAAGAAGCGUUUAAUAAAAGUUUCAAGUUCUGGUCAACCCAGCCUGUACCUAAGAUGGACGAGAAGAUAGUAGUCAACGAACCAAUAGAAGCGGAUAAAGCGAUCAGUGAGAUCCGUGCGGAUCCGUACACUUUACCCGACGGGUUCACUUGGGAUACCAUUAAUCUGCACGACCCGCUACAGCUGAAAGAGCUGUACACUUUGCUAAACGAGAAUUAUGUCGAGGACGAUGAUGCUAUGUUUCGAUUUGAUUAUCAGCCUAAUUUUCUACAGUGGGCUCUUCAGCCGCCCGGUUGGCGUGCAGAGUGGCACUGCGGAGUUCGGGUGGUUAAAUCCGGUCGCCUGGUGGGUUUCAUAUCGGCUAUUCCGGGAACUUUGAACGUACAUCAGAAAACUCAGAAAAUGGUCGAGAUAAAUUUUUUGUGUGUUCAUAAAAAGUUACGCUCGAAACGACUAGCUCCGGUGCUGAUUCGGGAAAUAACCAGAAGAGUAAAUCUAACCGGAAUAUUCCAGGCCGUUUACACGGCCGGGGUUGUGCUGCCCAAACCGGUUGCUUCUUGUCGCUAUUGGCACCGUUCGCUGAAUCCAAAGAAGCUUGUUGAGGUUAAAUUUUCGCACAUCUCUCGCAAUAUGACUAUGCAGCGAACGAUCAAACUCUACAAACUUCCAGACGUUCCGAAGACACCCGGUUUCCGGAAGAUCCGCGAAUCGGACUUGAAAGGUACUCAACGGCUUCUGGAGCGUUAUAUGGCUGGAUUCAAUUUGACCCCGGUGUUCGACGAGGAUGAAUUCCGUCACUGGUUCUCUCCCCAGGAAGGCAUCAUCGAUUGUUUCGUUGUCGAGGAUCCUGCAAGCGGGGAAAUCACCGACAUGGUCAGCUACUACACGCUUCCCUCGACGGUUAUGCAUCACGCCGUUCACAAGUGUGUCAAGGCAGCCUACAGCUUUUACAACGUUUCGACCAAGACGCCCUGGUUGGAUUUGAUUAACGAUGCGCUCAUUUCGGCGCGGAAUCUAAACUUCGAUGUGUUCAACGCGCUAGAUCUGAUGGAGAACAAGAAGUUCCUGGAGAAGCUCAAGUUUGGCAUCGGCGAUGGCAAUUUGCAGUACUAUCUGUACAAUUGGCGCUGUCCCAGCAUGCAGCCGGAAGAAGUGGGCCUAAUUUUGCUCUAGAAGCAACGGUCUGGUUAGGUGGUGGGUGGAUAUUUUCGGGACAGACCAAAGUCGGCAUCAUCCAUAGUUUCCAGCAAGAGCAGAAACCCUCAGAUAAGAGUUCCGAUAGUUGAAGACGAGCUUUUUCCGCUGUGCGUUGUUUUGUUGUUUUUUCCGCAUAUGUUAGACCAGUCAAGUCACGCACCUCGUCGGUAAAUAAACUAGCAUUAUUGGGUACACGUUUA